AUGGAAUACGGAUACUUCAACAGCCCUCUCAACGGCUUGAAUCUUGAGAAUAUUGAAUCCCCUCCUGAUAUGAAUUUGGAUGGCAACAAUGAUUUGUCAGCUUUCAUGAACAACAAGUUCUUCGACUUUGACAACUUUGGCAACGAAGAAUUUUAUAAAACAACGAAGCAAGAUGGUCAACAGCAAAUAAAAAGUGAAAAUAUCGAUGAUGUCUUCAAUUCUCUACUCAGUAACAAUAGCGUUAGUAAUGACAAUGUUCUCAAUUUGCAAGGUCAAUCAAAUUUCAUUGCUACUUCACAAUAUCCAAUACAGCAGCAAGCUCAACCAAAAGUGGUCAGCAGUGGCUCUAAGGUGGUUAAGGAACCAUGCAUGAAUGACAAGAGAAAAAGAAAUACAUUGGCCUCUGCAAGAUUCAGAGUCAAGAAGAAGAUGAAAGAACAAUUGAUGGAGCAAAGCUUGGUCGACUUGAACAGCAAAGUCGCUGAGUUGAAGGCCACUAUCAUGAAGUUGGAAAUGGAAAACAAGUGUCUCAAGAGCUUGGUAAUUGAAAAGAACGAAAGAACAUCCAACGAGUUGUUAUCAAGCAUCAAAAAGAACGCUGGCGUAUAA